UUAUGUGUGUGCGCGUGCAUGUGUGUGUCUGUGUUAGAGCAGGAGUCUCGCGCAGAAAUGAGUUCUUUAGGAGCAGGUUCGUCCCUGCAGGUCCACGUGAUCCGCUUGGGUCCAGGUGAGGAUCUGGUGUCGUCUCUGCAGGCGUUUGUGCAGGAGAGGAAACUGCGAGCUCCGUUCAUCGUCACGUGUGUGGGCAGCGUUACCAAGGCGACGCUGAGACUGGCCAACGCCACGGCAACAAACACAAACGAGGUGAUCCACCUGAGCGGACCGCAUGAGAUCGUGUCUCUGGUUGGGACACUGAACCCCAGCGCUCACCUGCAUGUCUGCCUGUCGGACGGUGAGGGCCGGACGGUCGGGGGCCACGUCCUCGGGGACCUGGACGUCUUCACCACGGCCGAGGUUGUCGUUGGCGAAGCACUCGACCUGGAGUUCAGCAGAGAGACGGAUGAGCGCACGGGUUUCCCCGAACUCGUGGUGCAGUCGCGUUCACAGACGCAAAAAACUGACUGAGCGCAUCGUGUUUUAGCUAAAGCUAAAGCAACGCUGUUUUGUGUUUUAGCUAAAGCAGUAUUGUGUUGCGUUUUAGCUAAAGCUAAAGCAGCGUCGUAUCGUCUUUUAGCCAAAGCUAAAGCAGCGCCGUAUCGUCUUUUAGCUAAAGCUUAAGCAGCGUCGUAUCGUCGCCUAAAGCUACAGCAGUGGUGUGUCGUCAUAUGAUUUACUAAAAAAUUAAAUAAAAACAUUUUCAUUCUC